AUGUUAAAGAAAAAUAAAUUUAAUAAUAAAUUAUCAAGGACUAUUGGUUUAAAUGAAUACCAAAUUCAUUUAUUUAUUGAUAGAAUUGAAAGAGAAUUUAUUAUUAUUGAUAGUACUGGAUUUCAAGAACAUUUUAAUUGUAUAGAAUUUAUAUGUAAAACUUGUGACUUUAUUAUUAUCUUUAUUGACAUUAGUAUAGAAUUAAAUCAAUCUGAAAUAGAAGAGUUUAUUGAUAAAAUUGAAAGAAAUAAAAGAAUAAUACCUUUUCCAUCAAAAAUUAUUGUUGUUGGAACUAAAUUAGAUAUUAAAAAAAUUAGAAUGAAAAAAAUAGAUGAAUUAGAAUAUAUUAUUAAUUCUCGUUAUCCUUAUAUCGAAAUCUCUUCAAAACUUAACCAAAAUUGUUUUGAUAUUUUCUAUUUAAUUUCAUAUAUUGAAAGUACUCAAUUACAAAAGAAACAAACUUUUUGUUCUUUAGUUUAA